CCGGUCUUAAAAUCUGAUACUACCACUACUUUAGGGGUCCGUUAAGAAUCCGGUUUUAAAUUAUGGUGUUUUGUAGGGGUUUUACUGUUGGACCAUAAGAAGAUGUGCUCUUUGGCACUGUUCCCCCCUCCAUUGCCCUCGGGACAGACGAUCCUGUACGAGUCAAACAACGAGUUGGUGUCUGGACCCACGACGGACAGCUGUCUGAAUCAGGAGUUUAGUCCUCAAAACCUUUACUUUCCUCGGGAGUCACUAAAGCCUCACAGCCGAACAGAGAGUAGCAGUAAAGCAGCCUUUUUGGUCCACUGUGAGACACUGUGGAUGCGGAGUGCAGCUGCCUGGCGGGAUGCAGGUCUCACAGGGCUUCUAAAUGAAAUUGCCAAUUCAAGUACAGAGGUGCCCAAAUGGCUUUCUUUGAGUUCUGGCUUUGUCUUGGCAUUGCUUCAGAGGGUCUCCUCUUUCCAUAGCUCCUUGUUUCCACACCUCACAUUGACUAGUGAGGACAUGAUUGCUGAGUUUUCCCAGGUGUUAAAAUGGUCUGAUUGUUCAGUCCGAGCCUUUGCUUGGCAUCCUCAUACAGACAAGUUCGCUGUAGCUUUAUUGGACGAUUCAAUUAAGAUCUACAACUCUAAGAGCGCCACAAUUCCCAUACUGAAGCACCGUCUACAGAGAAGUGUUGCUGCUGUGCAAUGGAAACCACUUUGUGCAUCUGCCCUGGCUGUUGCCUGUCAGAAUUUUUUGCUGGUCUGGCAUGUAGAUCCCUGCUCACUGUCAACCAGGCCAGCCUCUGGCUGUGCUCAGGUAUUAUCUCACCCUGGCCACUCUCCAGUCACCUCUAUUGCAUGGUCCCCAAGUGGAUCUCUGCUUCUGUCAGCCUCGCCCAUGGACACAGCCAUGAUGAUAUGGGAUGUAGCAGUAGAGCGCUGUGUGCCACUUCAGCGGGUGGGAGGGGGAGGGGUGACCCACCUGUCCUGGUCACCUGAUGGCAGCCUCGUACUGGCUUCUACACCUUCUGCCUUAUUCAGAGUUUGGGAGACCAGAAUGUGGACGUGUGAGCGGUGGCCAUGUUUGAAGGGCCGUUGUCAGUCUGGUUGUUGGAGUCCAGAUGGGAGGCAACUUCUUUUCGCUGUACAGGGAGAGGCUGUCAUCUAUGCCCUGUCCUUCAGUGAUUCACCAGCACCUUCAGGAACAUUAAGAGGACCAAAGACUGCAAUGGUGGUGGCCGACCUGUCGGAGACAACCUUCAAAACGGCAGACGCAGAUAUCAUGGUUGGUGGAGAGAUCCAAGCUCUGGCCUGGGACCCAAGAGGAGAAAGGCUUGCAGUGCUUCUCAAAGGUGACCCCGAAGCAGCAGACCGCCCUGCUAUGAUAGCAGUGUUCAAGACUGCAACCACUCCCAUGUUAGAGCUCCUGCCAUGUGGUUUUAUUCAGGGGGAGCCCGGGACAGAGCCAAGACUAAUGCAGUUUCACCCUCAUUUUGAACAUGGAGCCCUGCUCACUGUGUGUUGGUCCAAUGGAAGAAUUACCCACGUGCCUUUCUACUUCCUGAGUGUGGGGGUCCUCCAUCUUGGCCUGAAUGGCAGCUCCCAACUGCCUCUCCCCCAGGACAGGCCUGCUGACUAUGCCAAUCAGACCCUUUAUACAAAGCUCACCUCUUAAGCUACCCACACUCCUUACAUAUUUGCACUCUCAUUUUGCAACUUUCAUUAAUACAUCUCAUCAAUAAAUAUUAAUUGUAUAAUUCUCU